GGCAUAAAUCUCUUGUUCCUUCAUUCACCACUUACCCUCAUUAUCAUAAUUUGCCACUCGUGAUGGACUGGGGCGAGUGAUUUAGCCUUUUCGCAGUUGUUGCAGCAGACAAAUCGCAAAAAGCUCCGACCUUUUUCCCUCUUUCCUCUCGUAGUCUCUCUUCCUCGUCAUGGAUUCACUAUCCUUUGAGGGUUUGGUGAGCAGUAAUGCUCGCUCGCGACGGCCGUCUGCCUUCGCGACUGCUGGCGCGCUUUGAGCUCUCUCUAUUUGUCGUCACCGGUGUUCUCGUUUCCUCGGCUGCGUUGAUCGCGACAAAAGCCACGUCUUGCAAUUUUUUUCUCAUCUUGUUCAUCCGUUUCAACUUUUGCGGAGUGGGGAUGCACCUAUUUCUCUUAUUGAUUUGGUUAACCUUUGGUCUUCUUGCAUUUUCCUCUUGUGAUCUGCCAGUAUUAUUCAAAUUGCAUCUAUGAGCAAGAUUCAGUCUUUUCGUAGACAGCUGUCCUCGUUUCCUCAGCCCUGAAGCCGAUCUCGAGGUAAGGUCGAAUCUUGCGAUUUCUCAUCGGUGAUUUUCUCUACAUGUUUUUAUCUUCAGCGGAUUCAGCACGGUCGACUAUUCUUGUCAAUUGGUUAACCAUUGAUCCUGUGUGAUUGCCUCUCUUGCAUUUCCCUAUUCUCAAAUCUUGCAAUUUCUCAUCGGCCAUUUUUCCUGCUUUAAUCUUCCGCGGAUUUGGCACGGGCGAAUUAUUCAUGUUAUAAUUGGUUAAUCUUUGAUCUUGUGUGUUUGUCUCUCUUGCAUUUCUCUAUUCUUCUAUUCCAUUUAGCUUUCAUUUCUUUCUCUGUUCUAUAUUGAACCACGACCAAUGCACUCUAGUCUUUGUCAUUUCCCUAAGAACUUUCUAGCCCAGAGCUUCUCCCUGCAGUGUGCCAAUUCAAAUUGGUGAUUACUUGUGAACUGCUCAAUUAAUUUGUGGUGCAUGGAGAAGAAUUUUUCAUUUCUGCUCGUCAGUUGCCUGCUUGUAUUUACAGGGGAUUUCCUGAUAAAAGAUAAUUGGUGGUAGAUGUCGGAUAGUGAACUUGGGAAUUCCAAUGUGGCUACUUAAGUUCUCUCAGUGGAUUGGGAUAUCGGUCUUCAUCGUUGCUGCACUUAUCUUAGCGAUUCUUUCUCAUUCGUUUCUAGGAGGAUGGGCUGCUGACCAGAAGGAUGAAGUUGUAGUUCGGUCUCUAUCGAAGGGGCCUUCAGAUCCUCCGGUCUUUGCAUAUUGGAUAUCUGGCACUGGAGGUGACAGUCGGAAGAUUUUAAGGUUGUUGAAGGCAGUUUACCACCCGAGGAACCAUUACCUUCUUCAUCUAGAUGCAGGCUGUGAAGCUCUGGAAAGGAAAUCCCUGGCUCUCUCCAUUGGAUCAGAAAGGCUCUUCAGAGCUUUUAGGAAUGUUGAUGUUAUUGGCCAAAGUUAUCCAGUGGAUAAAACUGGUCCAUCGGCAGUUGCUGCAGCACUUCAUGGAGCUGCAAUUCUGCUCAGACUUAAUGCAAAUUGGGAUUGGUUCAUCACAUUGAGUGCUUCGGAUUAUCCACUUGUGACUCAGGAUGAUCUUCUUCAUGUCUUCACAUCUUUGCCGAGGAAUCUGAACUUCAUUGAUCACACAAGUGAUCUAGGAUGGAAAGAAUGGGGGAGGUUUGACAAAAUUGUUGUAGACCCGAGUCUUUAUAUGGAGAACAAUACAUCACUUUUUUGGACUUCAGGAGAUCGCAAGACACCAAAUUCCUUCAAAUUAUUUAUGGGUUCUCCGUGGGUGAUUCUUAGCCGACCUUUUGUGGAGCACUGUGUGCAUGGUUCAGACAACCUCCCUCGCAAAUUACUCAUGUACUUCGCCAAUGUAGCCUAUUCAGCAGAAGCCUACUUCCAAACUGUGAUAUGUAACACCCCUGAGUUCCAAAACACAACAAUCAAUAACGAUCUGAGGUACUUUGUUUGGGAUGAUCCACCAGGACUAGAGCCACUGUUUCUCAACCAAACAAAUCUGAAAGACUUGAUAAAGAGCAGAGCAGCUUUUGCUAGGAAAUUCAUGGAAAGUGAUCCCAUGCUAAAGAAGAUAGAUAAGAAGAUAUUGAGGUGCCAAUCUAAGCAGUGGUGUUUUUGCCAAACUGGAAAUAAGGCAGUGAAGAAUUCAGAAGGUGAUCCUUGUUUGAGCUGGGAUAACGUCAAUAUUAUUAAGCCAAGUAAGUCGGUGUUAAGGUUAAAAAGUUUGGUAACGGAGCUUAUUUCGUCCAAUAAUCUGUAUUCAAACCAGUGUAAAUUCUGAUAUGGAGAUCUGUCUAUUAUUUGGAAGUCUGGCACUUGUGAUGCAAUGCUCAAUCUUCCGUGGGAGUGCACGUUAGAUAGUAGAUCGAGUACUCUGAGAUGUCACUUCCAGUUUUUGACGACAGAUAAGACAAUCUAAUGUAAGGAUGAAGCUAUUGGAUCCUUAGAUGCAAUCAAAGAUCAUUUUCAGAAUCGUCUGAUGAGUGUUCUCCUACAUCUUUGUGGAAAAUACAGAUACCAGAGUGCCAUAUGUUAUUGAUAAUGUAUUUCAUAUUCUUUGUAGUACAUUUUUCAUUGGACGUUGUCAUUUUACCUCAUACUUUGGCAUCAUUGUCCUCUCUUCUAAGAGUGAUGUGUAAAUGCAUAUGAAUAUAUGGUGAGAUUUUUUAUCGAAAUAAUUAUUUUGAAUAAAAAAAUUCUUGAUA